ACAAGCCGCUAGAAAAUGGCGUCUUGUUCUGUGCUUCUGUUCUAGUGUGACGCUAUCAUUAUAUUUGAGAAUAUUUCAGUUUCAAAAGAUUUGUAUUGAGUAUAACAAGAAAAUCGUUUACACUAGUGUGUAAUGUGUUAUGGCAACACCGAACAGCUAUAAACAAAACGCAUCAAUGUCGAUGCCAAGUCCACAAAGCAACCCGCACUACAUGAUUGCGGGGGCCCCAAUGAGUUUCGGUAUGAUGAAAGGCGGUAUGAAUGCACCGCCGCACCAUAAUUACCAGUACCACCCACAAUACCAGGGUGGGCCGAUGGGCCACCCAGGGUAUGGGUGGCAACAACAGCGUUUUGGUGCAGAGAGCGCGAGGCGGUCCACCUCGGGCUCGGGGCAGGCCGCGCAGGCCGGGAAGGAUGAUAAGACUAGCCCAUUUGUGUCCACUGUGCAUUCGCAUCCUGGAUUCCAACCGCAGAAGAUUGGCAAGGGUGCUGGUGGGGGUGCCGGUCUCCCAAAACCGCCGAAACCACCAGAAAAGCCGCUGAUGCCAUACAUGAGGUACUCCCGACGAGUAUGGGACAGUGUAAAGGCGGCCAAUCCCGAUCUAAAGCUAUGGGAGAUUGGCAGGAUUAUCGGAGGAAUGUGGAGGGAUCUCCCACAGUCGGAGAAGUAUGCCUUUGUCGAUGAAUAUGAAGCUGAGAAGUCGGAGUAUGAGAAAAGUUUGAAGGCCUAUCACAACUCGCCGGCCUACUUGGCGUAUAUAGCUGCAAAAAAUAAGGCUGUUGUUGGCAAUUUGGAAGAGGAGAGCUCAAGUAAGAAGGGGAGCUCCCAGAAGGAGCAGCAACAACAGGACAGACGAAUUGAUAUACAACCUGCUGAGGACGAAGAAGAUCAAGACGAAGGUCUCUCGGUGAAGCACGUGGCGUACGCGCGCUACCUGCGCAACCAUAGGCUCAUCAACGAGAUAUUCUCGGACACCGUGGUGCCGGAUGUGAGAUCUGUGGUCACCACCGCUCGUAUGCAGAUUCUGAAGAAGCAAGUUCAGUCGCUGACAAUGCAUCAGAAGAAAUUGGAAGAUGAGUUACAGCAAAUCGAGGAGAAGUUUGAGGCGAAGAAGCGCAAAUUCAUUGAGAGCAGUGAGACAUUCCAGGAAGAGUUGAAGAAGCACUGCAAGCCAGCGGUGGACGAGGAGACGUUCAGUCGUAUGGUUGAAAGGGCGGUAGAACAACUGCGCAGGGGUGUGAACCCAGCACACCCCUCAGCUGUGAGGGAACGGAAGGACGAGCAGCCAGGCAACAUAGAACAAACGCAGCAGCCAAUCAAAACGGAGGCGAACGGGCCGAAUGCGCCCACGCAGGUGGACAAAGUGUCCACAACGGAGGUGAACAAGAUGGACGACAACAUGACUACCGAGUUAAAGGAGCCUGGUGAUAAGGAACCCGUAGCUGAUAGCACCCCGGCACAGGAGAAUGAUGUAGAUCGCAAAAAGGAAGAGCCGCCAGUAGAAGUGAAAAUGGAGAGUAAGGAGCCGAGUGGUCCCCCCGCCGCGCCGCCGCAAGCGCAUAUGACGUCACCGCCACACCCGGCAAUGAUGAUGCCGCCAAACCCAAAUGCGCCCGCGCACCAACCGCCCCCCCACGGCGGACCACCCCCACCACCAGCGGCUGAAGAGCCACCCGUCAAGAAGGAAAAUGAAUGAUUGUCACCAAAACGCGUCGUCAAACGACGGCGCAAGUCCUCCGCCAAGGAGGAGCCAUAGACUACAGUGAUCUGUGGAAUUGUGAUUGAAUUAACAUAUAAUAAGAACAAAGUUAGAAUCAUUUGAAUUUUGAAUUAAAUUACAUUGACAAAUGUGAAUAAGAAUUGGUUUUUUUUUGUGACAGUUAUCUACGAUAAUGUGAUGUAAUUGAUAAACAUACAAAAUUAAAAAAAGUCAUAUUUAUAAAAUAAGCUCGGACAUAGACUGUGGGUUGAUUUUAAUAGAGAUAUUUGGCAACAUUGUUACUUUUAAUUUUAUUUUUUUCCCGUCACUAGUAAAUAAUUUUCUUGUUCAUAUAUUGCUCACAUAAUAUAAUAAUUCAUAUGACAAAUCAACAUGUAAAAUAUUAUAUCUAGAAGUACAUAUUACGGUUUUCAUUUCAGGAUAAUUUCUUUUAGUUUAGGAGGUAUUUACUCAUGUUAAGUCAUCUUAAGGAGAUUUUCAUAUUUUUGUAUAUCAAAUAGGUAAUUAAUUUCCUAGUAAGUAUAUUCAUUUUUAUUAAUCUAGUUGGAAUUAAGGAUACAUAAUAGUAAGUUGUAUGGAUAGUUAUUUUUAGAAUUUCUUUAUUUUGGUGUGGUUGAAUGAACUAAUCAAUUAAUUAUUAAUGGAAUGCAGUGAGGUUGAACAUGUAUAUUAAGAAGUAUUUCAAAAUGUAUGUUUAAAAUUCAAGAUUUACUAAAAUAACUGCUAUUAUGUUAUAGGACUGUACUGUAAAUACAUUUUGUAGUUAUUUUCCGAUUAACAUAAUAUUGACUUUCGAAGCCAUUACAAUGCAAUAAUUAAUUCAGCCUGGUGUUUUGUAACAUUAAUAUAUAAUAUUUUAGAUAUUUUCUAAUAGUUAUGUCGUUUUUUGAAAUAUUUCAACAUAAUUAGUAAUAAGGAUAUUAAAUAAGACAAUUAGUAUAAUUAUCCAUUAGUAUAAACAUUUUAAUAGCAUACACAAGCACAUGCCUCUAUAUUAUCUGUUGUCUUCAUUUUCUACUCUAUUACUGUUUCUGCCGAACUGCACUAUGAUUGGUCGGCCGGACAUUAUUGUACCGUUGACUUCGUCAAGUGCUUGUAUUGCUAGGUUUUCACCUGUAGAAAUAAACAUAUUUACUAUGAA